AUGGCAGCAGUGGUCCGAAAUCAUGAUGACAACACCAGCGACGACGAGUUUGUGGAACGAAUUGGUGCUCGACUGGCAACCAGCUUAACACCUUAUGCUCUACCGCAAUUUAUUCGGCUUUGUUCCGAUGUUGAUAGGACAGGGACUUUCAAGCUGGUGAAGACGAAUCUCCAACGACUCGGCUACAGGUUGGAUGUGCCAGACAACAGGGUCUACAUCUACAAUUCUAAACUGCGAAACUAUGAGCGCCUAAGUGAAAGCGCGAUUGGCGAACUCGAUCGUGGGACCUAUCCACUGUAA